AUGGAUCCCAAACGGCUUACGCCUCAAACCCGCCAAGCCCCCGAGCGCAAGACGUUCUGGGCCCGCUGCUUCACCUGUCUUCUUUUUAGUCUCCCUAGCCUGCAUCUUCUUCCUCGCUUGCUUACUUACUUCUCUUCUCUGGUGAUUCUGGCACUCGGCUUUGUUCCUGCUGUAUCUGCUAUCCAGUCAGAUACUUUCACCGCUCUCGACCUGCAGCUCCGCUCCGCGCACUGCAUCGCAUCGCUGCACUGUACGCUCGCACGUACGUCAGUUACCCCGCGCCGCCUGAAUCCGCGAUCCCUCCCUCGCUCGCUCGCUCGCUUCCCCCGACCGCGUCACUGCCCACCCACUACUACCACCACCAUCGAUACUUUCGGGUUAAGAAGUGAAGUGAAGUCAAUACACAAUGGGAAAGUCCUGGAGGAGUUGCAGAAAGCGACGCAUUUCGACAAGAAGGAGUUGCAGCAGUGGUACAAGGGCUUCCUAAAAGACUGCCCCUCCGGCACGCUCACAAAAGAAGAAUUCCAAAAGAUCUACCGCCAAUUCUUCCCGUUCGGGGACCCAUCGUCCUUCGCGAAUUACGUAUUUCGAGUCUUUGAUUCGGACAAUAGCGGCAUGAUUGACUUCAAGGAGUUCAUCUGCGCGCUGUCCGUCACGUCCCGCGGAAAGAUGGAGGAUAAAUUGGACUGGGCGUUUCAGCUGUAUGAUAUUGAUGGCGAUGGGAAGAUUACCUACGAUGAGAUGCUGGCGAUUGUGGAGGCGAUUUAUAAGAUGGUCGGCUCGAUGGUCAAACUCCCCGAAGACGAAGACACCCCCGAGAAGCGCGUGCGCAAGAUCUUCCGCAUGAUGGACAAGGACGAGAACGGCAGUCUGGAUAUGGAGGAGUUCAAGGAGGGCAGUAAACGCGAUGAGACGAUCGUGAGCGCCCUGUCGCUGUAUGAUGGACUGGUAUAG